CUCCCUUGGUCUGCUAAAAACGUUAUUCCACAAGCAUAUAUUGUCCUCCAGAAAGUGAAACAGCAUUCAACUAUUGGUAAGUAUAAGCAAAGUGUUGGAGCAAGAAACAAUGGUGUUCCAAUGGCAUAUCUCAAUCUUCUCUCUCCUCUCCUUGUUCUUCUUCAUUGUCUUCCUUCUCAAAUGGUUUUUCAACACUCCAAAAACCCAAGAAAACCUACCUCCUUCCCCUCCUAAGCUUCCAAUUAUAGGAAACCUUCACCAGAUUGGGUUGUUACCUCACCGCUCGCUCCGAGCAUUAGCUCAACGUUAUGGCCCACUCAUGCUGCUUCAUCUCGGCGGUGUGCCAGUGCUCAUAGUCUCCUCAGCCGAUGCAGCCCACGAAAUCAUGAAAACCCAUGACCUGAUAUUCUCAAACAGACCCAAAUCAAGCAUCCCCAGUAGACUUCUAUACGACUCCAAGGACAUAGCUUUUGCUCCUUAUGGAGAGUAUUGGAGACAGGUCAAAAGCAUAUCUGUGCUCCAUCUUUUAAGUAACAGGAGGGUUCAGUCAUUCAAACAUGUCAGAGAAGAAGAAACAGCGAUCAUGAUUGAGAAAAUCAGACACAAGCGUUCUUCUUCUUCUUCUGCAGUGGUGAAUUUGAGUGAGAUGUUGAUGGUUCUUACAAAUGAUGUGGUUUGUAGGGUGGCUUUGGGAAGGAAGUACAGUGGUGGAGGAGAGGGUGGGAGAGAGUUUAAGGAGAUUUUGGGGGGGUUUGUGGAAUUAUUGGGUGUUUUCAAUGUUGGGGACUAUAUUCCAUGGCUUUCUUGGGUGAAUCGGGCCAAUGGUUUGGAUGCUAAAGUGGAGAAAGUUGUUAAAGGGAUUGAUGAAUUUCUGGAGGGUGUUGUUAAGGAUCAUCUGGAGAGGAAGAAAGGAAAGAAUGAUGAUGGUGAAACUGUUGAAGAAGGGACAGACUUUGUGGAUAUUUUGCUGGAAAUUCAAAGAGACAGCAGCACUGGCUUUCCGAUACAUAAUGAAACCAUCAAAGCUCUCAUCAUGGAUAUUUUUGCUGCUGGAACUGACACAACAUUCACAGCUCUAGAGUGGGCAAUGGCAGAGCUCUUAACACACCAAGCAUCCAUGAAGAAAUUGCAGAAUGAGGUUAGAGAGGUAGCUAGAGGCAAAUCUGAUAUAACCGAGGAUGAUUUAGAGAAAAUGCAUUAUUUGAAAGCGGUGAUCAAAGAAACUUUGCGAUUACAUCCUCCAAUUCCUUUACUGGUUCCUCGAGAAUCAACACAAGAUGUCAAAGUGAUGGAGUAUGAUAUUGCAGCCGGCACAACUGUGAUUAUCAAUGCUUGGGCGAUCGGAAGAGACCUGUUGUCGUGGGAAGAACCCGAAGAGUUCCAGCCGGAGAGGUUCUCAAAUGGUACUAUAGAUUAUAAAGGGCAACACUUUGAGUUGAUUCCAUUUGGUGCUGGUCGGAGGGGUUGUCCUGGUACUCUUUUUGCCAUAAGAGUUAAUGAGCUUGCAUUGGCAAAUCUGAUGCUCAAUUUUGAUUUUGCAUUGCCUGGUGGAGCAGCAUGGGAGGAUAUGGAUAUGACUGAAACCAAUGGUAUUUCUGUCCAUAAAAAAACCCCUCUACUUCUUGUUGCAACUCCUCAUUGAUGCCAGUGACCUCUUAUUCAUUCUUAAUGCCAAGAGCAUAUAAUGUGUAGUUCUAUUCUAAAGGCAGACAGAAGAGGGAUCUCUAUAAUCUAUAUCCUUGCACUUGAAGUUGAAGUUGUAUCUUUUUUAAGGAUCAAACAAAUUUAUUUUUUUUUAAUGUAAAUAUUUAGUCCUAUCAUUGAGUCUUUGUGUCUAAUAUGCACGGGUAACAAUAG